GAAAAAAUUGUGCGUAUCAGGGUUAUAUUUUACAUGUGAUCAAUCAUAUGUGACAGAAUAGUUGGCAGAACUUGGCAGGGUGUAACAGAACUUGAAAGAGUUUGGUGUUCCAGUGGCCAAACAGACAAAACACCUGUUUCACAUUGUUGUAUUGAUCACACUUCGAUCUCUCCUUCCUCUCGAAGGAAGCAAAAAGAAGAAAAAAGUUGAAGUGCCAUACAUUGACACUUGACAUGAAAUUCUUAUCAGAUAACAAAUAGGUAAACACAGAGAGCAAAGAAAGGCAGCAAAUGGCAGCGGAGUAUCAUUGCUGCGAAACAGGGUUCUUUAUACGGAUCGUUAUAGUUGCGGGUCUCGUGUUGUUUGCUGGGUUGAUGUCUGGACUUACGAUGGGGCUCAUGUCUUUGAGCCUUGUUGAUCUUGAAGUUCUUGCUAAGUCUGGAACUCCAAGCGAUAGUAAACAUGCCACAAAGAUACUUCCAGUCGUUAGAAGACAACAUUUACUUCUGUGCACUCUAUUAAUCUGCAAUGCUGCAGCGAUGGAGGCCCUUCCAGUCUUUCUGGACGGCUUGAUAUCAGCUUGGGGUGCUAUUCUUAUUUCAGUGACCCUGGUACUUAUGUUUGGUGAGAUUGUUCCCCAAGCAGUUUGUACCCGAUAUGGUUUGGCAAUUGGUGCAAAAGUUGCUCCGUUUGUUCAAAUUCUUGUUUGGAUUUGUUUUCCAGUUGCAUAUCCAAUAAGCAAGCUGCUAGACCUUCUCCUGGGGCAAGGGCAUGAGGCUCUUUUCCGCCGUGCUGAGUUGAAAACGCUUGUUGAUUUGCAUGGUAAUGAGGCUGGCAAAGGUGGAGAAUUGACACGUGAUGAGACAACGAUCAUAGCAGGAGCACUUGAACUAAGUGAGAAAACAGCAAUGGACGCAAUGACUCCUAUAUCAGAAACUUUUGCAAUCAAUAUCAAUGCUAAAUUGAACAGGGAUUUGAUGAGGUUAAUUCUGGAGAAAGGGCAUAGCAGGGUACCUGUUUACCAUGAGCGUUUAGAGAACAUAAUUGGACUUAUUUUGGUGAAGAACUUAUUAAACAUCCAUCCAGCAGAUGAGGUGCCAGUAAAAAACAUCACCAUCCGCAGGAUUCCAAGGGUUCCUGAGACAAUGCCUUUAUAUGACAUACUAAAUGAGUUUCAGAAAGGUCACAGCCAUAUGGCUGUUGUUGUAAAGCAGAACAAUAAAACGGAGCAGUCAGCCAAUGAACACCCGGACAGAGAUGUGAAGGUGGACAUCGAUGGUGAAAAGCACCAACCAGGGACGUGUUUACCAAGCAAAAGAACACUCAAGAAGUGGAAGAGUUUAGAUGGAAAUUCGCAGAAAGCAUCCUUCCAAAGCAAGAAAUGGACAAGGGACUUCCACUCAGUAAUACUGCAAAUCAAUGAUGAUUCACUCCUUGUGACCACUGGGGAGGGGGAAGCUACUGGCAUAAUAACGCUGGAAGAUGUCAUUGAAGAGCUUUUGCAAGAGGAGAUCUUCGAUGAGACAGAUCAUCGUCAUGAAAGUUAAUGAUAUCUUCAUACACGAAUCAAACAACAGUAAAGCACAAACCUACAUAAAGGAAGAAGGAUUUCAUUAUGCAUAACAUGAUGGGCAGAUUUGAAUAUUGAAAGGAAGAAUUUUGAAUUCUAUUAUUCAUUGUUUGCAAAUUAUGAUGACUACUAAAGUUUGGCAUGUAAAAUUAGUGAAUUUAAGAACAAUAUAUGUACUUGAAAAUAGCAGAAUACCAGUUUUUUUCCAUCUUGAAUGAUGACGCUGAUGAAAGAGGGUUUGCAAAGCCUCAGCCACCUUGUUGGGCUGUUUCAGGAACAUAUACAUAUUCACGUUGGACCUCAGCAAACUGGUCAAAGAGUUGCAUCAUCAACAUGGGGAGUAACAAGUUCCUGGAUGGAAAAAGUUACUGAUCAGAAAGGUAUUAUUUUUCUACAGAGAUUGUUCAUAAAACACCACAAUAAUCUUCAUAUAAGAAAGAUAUCUGAAGGCAGGACCAAAAUAUGACAAGGAAAACACACAAGUCAAACAAUUUAUGCAGGUGCAGUGUGUUCUUCAUGUAUUGCUUAAAUGAGGCAACUACUUGGGAGGGUAAUACAAAUUAAGAAUAGCAAAGGUUAACU